UUCCCACCAAACUCUCUGUCCCUCUGUCUCUGUCUCUCUCUCACUCUCACUCUCUUUAUCGCUCAUCUCCUAAACUUUUUCACAUACCUCUCAGCUUCCUAACUAAGCAGACCCUCAAACCACGUGUCCGGUACUUGAUAUCUCUCUUGCUCUGAAAAAAGCGCAUUCUUCCACUCCUGAGGUAUCCAUUGGUGGUCUCUGGGUCUGUCCUUUCGUCUCUAAACUCCAAGUCUCCAACAGUUCGUUCGGUGUCGCAUUAUGCGACAGAAGUGUCCCCGUGGAGUUUCCGUCGAACCGAUUCCAGACGAGAAUUAGAGUCUUUUCAGUGUUUUCACGUCUCGCGGAGGUGUCGGAUGUAUUUACAAAAAUGGGAAAAGCCUCCAGCAAGUUGAAGUCUAAACGCAGUCAAAGUAUUGCGUGGAGUUUCCGGUUCCCGUCCAUGGGUACUCUCCAUAAUUUUGGCACCAGUGGGCGCCGGCGGAAACGAGAUGACCUUUCUACUUCCGUCUCAUGCAAAGACUUACGUCGAAACAGACAUACUCUUCACCUGCAACCGGACGUGAAUGUGCAACGAGAACCUUCGUUGAUUAUUAUUACACCACCAUCUCCCGAGAGUGAAUCCAGAUUUAAUGGACGAAUCACCGGGGCGGAGAACAAGGAGGAGGAGGAGAAGGACCAGAAGGUAAAGGAGCAGGAAAAAAAAGAGGGGCGCGACGCAUGCCUUUUUCGAUCAAGACCCUUGCCAAAAAGGCCUGAGGAAAACAACAACUGCAGAAUGGACCAGUCAGAAGAAGCUUUGCGUAAACUCCUGGAAAGGGAACUUCGGUUGCUGGAUCCUCGAGAUUUGCGCUCUCAUGCUUGGUACCAUGGCAGCACUCUUCGUGGUGGUCGCAGAGGGGCUGAAGCUGAAGUACCUAACGAGGGUGACUUUCUAGUACGAGACUGUGCUUCUCAGCCAGGCAACUACGUUUUGACUGUGCGAUGCAAGGGCCAGGCUCUUCAUUUCGUGAUAAACAGAGUUGUUCUUCAGCCCGAAACGGUAUACGAGCGAGCUCAAUAUCAAUUCGAGGAUGAAGCCUUCGACACCGUUGCCGAUUUGAUCACCUUCUACGUGGGCAGCGGUAGGCCGAUAAGCCAAGCAAGUGGGGCCAGGAUAGUGAAUCCAAGACCAAGAUCAGUGCCUAUAACUUGCAUUGCUCCUGUAAACAACCAUUGUUCUAGUCCCUCCUCCUCCUCCCUCUCAACUGGUUCUCCGCCACGACUACCAAGAAAACAGCAACGCAGCCAUUCUCUAACACCGCAACAACACUCCCUAGACCAUCCCAAUCCACCAUCUACUCUCCCAAUACAGUCAAGCACACUACCUCGAAUACCUCAAAUUCAGAACCAACCACCUUCCUGUUCCCUGUCUCUGGGUCGAAAAAAAAUGACCAGGGUCAUAUCUGAUCCUGCUCUUCAAAACCCUCCACAACAUCAGCAACAGCAUUCCACGUAUCAAAAACCCCAUCAACAAAAACAGCAGAAUCAUCAGCAGUCCCAACCUAAUCAUAAUCACCAAGGACCGACUCCACCUCCGAAACCACCUCGAGUUCCCUACACUCCAAAUCAACAGCAUCACCACCACCACCACCAUCACCACCAUCAUCCCCAUCAUCAAGGAUAUCAAGCAUCCGGCAGCGAUAGUGGAAAUGGUUCCGGUGACAGUGAAUUCGAGACCAAUCAUUCUGGGAGCAAUAAUCCCUCUAUGCCAAUAAAGGGAGUCGUGAUUAGGAGUCAUUACAACGAAGGGGCUAAUGGGAACCCGAGCGAGUACGAACUCUCCACUGAAGAGCAACUCGUGGUGAAUGCACCUUCUCUGGAAAUAGCAACUGUUCUUGACCUCGAGGGUUUCACGACUCUGUUGUUGCCAGCCAGUGAGCAUCGACCUCUGGACCCCACGGCACUCAGAGGCGUUUCUGGAAUGCUGCAUGAUUCUGCACCAAGGGUUCUCGCCACGCACCUCACGAGAAUUGACCUUGAGAUAGCGUUGAACCCUGGAAUGAGAAAUCGGGGAGGACUCAGUGGACUGGAAUUAGUGACCUUGCCUCAUGGACGACAAGCCAGGCUAGAUUUGAUCGAGAGAUCAGAAUGCAUGAAGUUAUUGGUGGCUGUGACGGUACUAGCUGGAGCCAACGCUAUUGAGAGGGCAGCUACUAUCAGCAAGUGGAUCAAGGUGGCUAGCGAUACCAAAACGGCUCUGGGCAAUUUGUAUGGAUUUUGUGGUGUCAUGUUGGGCCUCUGCCUGCCCCAAAUCCAGAAACUAGCAAAUACCUGGCAUCUUCUGAGGCAGAAGUAUACUGAUGAGGCUUUCAGCUUUGAGGCAAAGCUCAGGCCAACUCUGAGGGCGAUGAAUGAGUGUACGAAUCCCCAAGCUCCCAAUACAACUUUACCACAUUUGCUGCCUAUCGCUUUGUUGGGGGAACGUGGACUUGAGGAUGUUCUAGGAACAGUAUCACCUUCAGGCAUAGCAGCAGCAAUCCUAGCACCCUGGGAACAUUCAGCUUCAGAUUGUGGUCUCUCGAUUGUUUGGGCCCAUCUCGAAUCUUCUCGAAAAUUAACAGAAAACCUCCCUCUUUUCCGAAGAAACGCCGAAAUCGCCUUAGAGGGUUGCAGAAGUGAUGAACUUCUUACUGACGCUUUUCGUACUGAAUUUCAUAUAAAAUUUUUAUGGGGAAGUAGAGGGGCUACAGUAUCCCCAGAAGAGAGACAUAUCAAGUUCUCUCAAGUUCUCGAUGCAAUGUUCGAAAAAUGUGCUGCCACCGAAAUAUCUGCGUAAAUUGAAAAGACUUUUAUUUCACAACUAAACGAGAUUUAACGCACAGAAUCGUCUUUUAAAGACUACUGAAACGACUGAAAAUAAUCUCUGGGAAACAGUACUUACGUUACUCGCACAAAAAAUCGAGUUUUAAAAAAUUUAUUUAACGAUUAAAAAAUCCUGCUCGAUAUCUCAGAUAGAGAAUUAUAGUAGAGUGGGAUUAAAAUAAUAUCAAACGACUCUCGUGAAGCCUAAUUGCAUUUUGUACAACGCAUAUUCUUCAUUUUGUACAACAUUUCUUUUUUAGGAUUUUUAUGUAUAAACAAAAUAUAGCGUUGAGACUUACUGUAUUGUAGCGAAAUAUAUACAAUUCUAUUAAAAGUAAGUCGGAUUAUAUACUGCCAAUGCUCUCGCUAUCAAGAACAGGCAAUACGAAGUAACGCGUCCAAAGAAGAGAGCAUCGUAUCAACCAAAUAAGUUACCAGCAAUAUCGUGUACUUAAAAAAUAAUCUUCUGUAUAUUAUAUAUUAUAUUAUAUUAUAUUAUAUUGUAAAUGUUGUUUAUGUUUGUUCA